GCCGCCGGGCCCGCCCUAUAUAGGGGGGCGAGGGAGCAAGAUGUUCACUGCCAGUAGCGGGGCCACGGGUGUGCGGGGCUGGGAAGGCGGCGGGCGGGUAGUGUGUACGGGCUUGCUUUGGUGUGUGUGUGACUGAGGCGGGGGGUUCUGUCCGGCUCUGAGUGCGAGCGGGGAGGGGGAACCCGGCCCCAGGCGGCGCAGCGAGAUCCUCAGCGGCGGGAGCGGAGCCUGUCUCUCUCCUAGCCCGUAGCGGGAGGUCCCGGGCAGAGGCGGCCCCAGGUGGGGGACCCGGGCGGUGAGGAGGAGCCGCCUCCACCGAGGAGAGGCUCCGCGCCGCCGGCGUCUGUCCGGCUUCGCAAGCUGCCGUGCUGGGACGUGUGGGUUCGUUCCACCCCUCCGCGAUCGGGGUCCGGCAGCAUGAACAUCCUGCUGGAGCUCUUCGUGGUGACUUUCAGAGUACUGUGGGCUUUCGUGUUGGCCGCGGCUAAGUGGCUGGUGAGGCCCAAGGAGAAGAGCGUGGCGGGGCAGGUGUGCCUGAUCACCGGGGCGGGCAGCGGCCUGGGCCGCCUAUUCGCCCUGGAGUUUGCCCGGCGCCGGGCGCUGCUGGUGCUGUGGGACAUCAACACGCAGAGCAACGAGGAGACGGCGGGCAUGGUGCGCCUCAUCUACCGGGAGAUGGCUGAGGCGGCCGCUGCCGCCGCCCCCCGAGUAGCUGGAGAUGGAGAGAAAGAUGUGCUGCCGCAUUGCAACUUGCAGGUUUACACGUACACCUGUGAUGUGAGCAAAAGAGAAAAUGUCUACUCAACAGCGGAGAGGGUCCGCAAGGAGGUUGGCGAAGUGUCUGUCCUGGUUAACAAUGCUGGCGUGGUCUCUGGGCACCAUCUUCUAGAGUGUCCUGAUGAGCUUAUUGAGAGGACCAUGAUGGUCAACUGCCAUGCACACUUCUGGACUACUAAAGCAUUCCUUCCCAAGAUGCUGGAAAUGAACCAUGGACAUAUUGUGACAGUUGCAAGCUCUUUGGGAUUGUUCAGCACUGCUGGAGUGGAGGAUUAUUGUGCCAGCAAAUUUGGAGCUGUAGGUUUCCAUGAAUCUUUGAGCCAUGAAUUGAAGGCUGCUGAAAAAGAUGGAAUCAAAACAACUCUAGUCUGCCCUUAUCUUGUAGAUACAGGAAUGUUUAGAGGUUGCAGGAUCAGAAAAGAAAUUGAGCCUUUCCUUCCACCCUUGAAACCAGAGUACUGCGUGAAGCAGGCUAUGAGAGCUAUCCUUACAGACCAGCCAAUGAUUUGCACACCUCGUCUCAUGUAUAUGGUCACCUUCAUGAAAAGUAUCCUGCCCUUUGAAGCAGUGGUAUGCAUGUACCGAUUUUUGGGAGCGGACAAGUGUAUGUACCCUUUCAUCGCUCAAAGGAAACAGGCUAUGAACAAUAAUGAAGCAAAAAAUGGAAUGUAACACUAUUUUGGAUGGACUAACAUUUAUAGGUGAAUACAAUAAUGUUAUGUGACUGAAUUGCGAAGUGCACUUGCAUCUAACAGAUGCAAAUGUCAACAUCUUGCUGUGGCAUUCUCUUGGGUCCUAAACCUGUGUACUGAAUUCUAAAAAUCAAUGUUUUUUUUAUAUACUGUAAAUAAAACUGGCUAAAGUACUUGAUAGGUAUACAGAAUGAAUUUACAAUGUAGCUGCCACCAUUGUCCUUUAGAAUAUCACUGUAUGUACAGUAAACUAGUCAUAAUACUUGUAGGGAUGCACUGUGUGUUAUCUCUUCCUCAGCCUGCUAAGGCUUAUAAGAACUGUCUCCUACUAGAAGAUGCAACUUUUCAGAAAUAGUUUGUCUUUCCCUAUGUUAUUUGAGAAGGGGGAGGGAAAUCUUGCCAUUUAAGCUACUGCUCAUGACCUUUUAGUAAAUUCACGGAUGGUUUCUGAAUGCACCCAAGCUCUGAAGGACACACGGCCCAAUUGUGGCGUAAUUCUCUUUUGUAUCAACUGUGUUCUAUUUAAAGAUAAAAAGAAAUUUGUAAAUCUCUGCUGAUUCAAAGGCAAGUGAAUGUCUUAAAUACUCUCAGAGCAAACUUGUACUGAGCAUCUGGUUUUCUAGGAAUGCAGUCAAUGAUUUAAACUGACUUUUUUCAAGUCGCUUGAUUUGAAAUAUGCUCUGUACUGUUUCCCUUUACAUGUCAGAGUCCAAUCUACUGUUAUGGGUUAUAUGUUUCUUUUCUUCCUCCUCAUUCUUUCCUUUGCCAGAGUUCUCUCAUCCCCCUGAGGAAGCUGUUGUAUUCAAUUUCUGUAACUGGACUUGUGCCUAAAAGACAAAGCAACUCAGCUGAGAUACAAACUGUUUAUGUAAGUGCUGGUCAUAUGCCAAUUAUUAGCAAAGGAAAAAUAGAAUAACACCUGAUGCAGCUCUACAUGCAGAAUAUGGAAGGGUGUAAAGAUUUUUUUUUUUGAGUUGUACUCACAUUGUAGAGCAGCAAAUGGAUUUUUACAGUAUUUUUUGUAAAGCGAACAAUUUUGUGCCUUGAAUUUGGUAAUCUGUAUUAGUGAAGCAUUGUAAAAGUGAACUUCUACCUCUGUAUCUUAAUGUAUACCAUCCACUUGUAAACUACUAUCGGAGAAAUUGUGAUUACUUUUUUAGGAUGUCUUGUUAAAUAGUGACCAAUGCCUGUGGUUAUUAAAGUGAGCCACCUUUUCCUUAAAACAGUGACUGGAAUGCUUCCUUUAAAGACUAAACUAAUGCAAACUACUUGUGCCUGUUCCAUAGCUCUUGAGUAUCAACACAGUUCAGAAAUGUAUUGCUCAGUUCUUACAGCCACUUUGUCAGCUGCAUGGUUUUACAGUGUAAUCUCUUAUCAGUCAGUACUGUGAAAUUAGCCUUUAGGAGGUGACUGUUUUCUCUGGUUUCUAAACUCAUCAAUGAAAUAACUGGUCAAAGA